AUGUUUAUUGGAGGCUUGAGCUGGGAUACGAGCAAGAAGGAUCUGACUGAGUACUUGUCUCGAUUUGGGGAAGUUGUAGAUUGCACCAUUAAAACAGACCCUGUCACUGGGCGGUCAAGAGGAUUUGGAUUCGUGCUUUUCAAAGACGCUUCUAGUGUUGACAAGGUUUUGGAACUGAAAGAACACAAACUGGAUGGCAAAUUGAUAGACCCCAAAAGGGCCAAAGCUUUAAAAGGGAAAGAGCCCCCUAAAAAGGUGUUUGUGGGCGGACUGAGCCCAGACACGUCUGAAGAACAAAUCAAAGAAUAUUUUGGAGCCUUUGGAGAGAUUGAAAACAUCGAACUUCCCAUGGAUACAAAAACAAAUGAAAGAAGAGGAUUUUGUUUUAUCACAUACACAGAUGAAGAGCCGGUUAAAAAAUUGUUAGAGAGCAGAUACCAUCAAAUUGGCUCUGGGAAGUGUGAGAUCAAAGUCGCACAACCCAAAGAGGUCUACAGGCAGCAGCAGCAGCAGCAGAAAGGAGGGAGAGGCGCUGCCGCCGGUGGCCGAGGCGGGGCUAGGGGGCGCGGCCGAGGUCAGGGCCAAAACUGGAACCAAGGAUUUAAUAACUAUUAUGAUCAAGGAUAUGGAAAUUACAAUAGUGCCUAUGGUGGUGAUCAAAACUAUAGUGGCUAUGGCGGAUAUGAUUAUACUGGGUAUAACUAUGGGAACUAUGGAUAUGGACAGGGAUAUACAGACUACAGUGGCCAACAGAGCACUUACGGCAAGGCAUCUCGAGGGGGUGGCAAUCACCAAAACAAUUACCAGCCAUACUAAAGGAGGACCUUGGAGGAAGCAGGUGUGUACAGGAGUGCAAGGAGCCAUGGAAACAUCUGAUCUAAUUUAAAGAUCAAUAGACAAAUGAAAAAUAAGUUAAAACAAAAUAUUAUGUAGCUGCUUUUACUAAAUUGUUGAUUUUAAAAUUGCUUUUUAAGCCUGUUUUGCCUAAAGUGUCUAUAGAUCUUUAACUUUAAAGUCUUAUCUCACUUUCUUUAGUAUUGCAGAAAAACUUAAGAGUUUUUCUGUUUGCUUUUGUGUACCAGGUGGUCUAGAGGAAUAAUUAAACUUUUUUAGAACUAUUAACAGGUAAAGUACUGAAAUGGGUACAACUUAAGGAAAACAAGAAUGUUGUCUUCUAACUCUGACAUUAUACCUUGUUUGUACCCGCCAGCGGGAACUUCAUUGCAGGCCGUGUGUCACCCUGACCACGUCUAUCUCUGGGGGUCGCACGUUGCGGGCAGAGCGCAAGGCAUACACCAGAAAACGCUGUCCUGUGGUAUGGUCUCUUCCAACUUCAUGUACCAGCGUAAAGAUUAAAGUGGAAAACUUCAGACUUUGGCUUCUUUUUUAAUCUUUUUGGAGAUUAAGUGUCUAAACUUAACUUAAAUGGUUUUUUGCAGGAGUUAAAGUACAUAAAUGCCUUUUUACAGCUUAAUCAUUUUGGUCUUCUGUUUAGUGUUGUAUUUCAAUUGUGGAGCCUCAUUUUAAGUGUUCAUUCUUUAAGAUUUAAUGCUUGCUUUUUCUUUUUAUAGCUAAUAGUGAAAUCUACAAACCAAAACAAGAACUUUUAAAUCUGGGAUAUAAAUUAAAGAUCAUAUGCACAAGUCAGUUCAUGUUUUUACAGUAUAAUGAGUCUGAAAUACUCAAGCUUAUAGCAUUUUACUUGGCUUACUAGAGAUGCUUCUAGUAGACCCCAGUCUAGCACAGUUGAACUUGUGAAUGUGGGAAGAUUGCAUUCCUAAAUCCUUUUCUGAAUAGAUCUGAUUUAAUAUCAUUUGGGAACUCCAGGGUGAGUUUAAUUGCCCAAACUGCACUUUGCCAAUAAAUAUGCAUAUGAUCUUUAAUUAUUGAAGAAAAUAAAGUGAGGACUUAAAAGAAUUCAUGAAAGUGGACCUUUAAAAAGCUUGUCAGAGCUGCACAAAUCUAAUUGCUAUUUUGUUUUUGUUUUUAGGAGGAGAUGUUUUAAAAGUAAUCCAUCUUGCAGGACGACAUUGAAGAUUGGUCUUCUGUUGAUCUGAGAUGAUUAUUUUGUAAAAGACUUUCUAGUGUACAAGACACAGUUGUGUCCAACUGUAUAUAGCUGCCAACUAGUUUUCUUUGUUUUUACUUUGUCCUUUGCUAUCUGUGUUACAACUCAGUGUGGAUUUGUGUUUAUACACAUUUUUAUUUGUAUGAUUCCAUGUUAAACCUCAAAUAAAUGCUUCCUUAUGUGAUUGUUUUUCUGCGUCGGGUACUACAUAGCUCUGUAAAAAUGUAAUUUUAAAUAAGCAAUAAUUAAGGCACAGUUUAUCUUAUAGGGAGUUUGGUCCAUAGGGAGAAACUGAUCUUUUAUGAAUAGCUACAGUGUCACCCUUUCCCCCCAAUUUGUAGGUGUAUUCUGUGCUCCUGAGGCUUUAUUUCCCUGCUGCUAAAGCUUCCGCCACUCCUUCGAAUGGUGUUCUUUCCCCUCUAGAUAUCUGAAGGUCAUUGUUGUAAGACUAAGCCAUAAGGUUAUGAUAGUGGUGACUUUCUAGUGGGCCAUGUUUCUCUGGAUCAAAAGAGGUUAUUAUAGCUCCUUUUGCUGUAUUCCCAUCUCUGCAAAGCCAUUUUUCAGUUGCUAAUUACUUCUUUGACUUUGGUUUACUUGAAAAAGUUUUAAUCAUAACACCAUAAUUUUAAUUCUUUAAAAAUCCAGAUACAGGAAAGAGUACUGUAAAGCUCUGUAGUGGGAGCUAAGCAUUGGAAAUAGUUACAACAAGGAUUUGGGCCAAUAGGUGUGAGAUCCAUUAAAGUUUGGUCAGAAGUUAGAUUAAAAUUUGAAGUAGUGGCAGAAUAGUCAUUCUGUUGGUAUUGUCACAGCAACAAGACAAAAUAUUUCCAAUUUGGGCAUUUUGAGGGAGCUAUGCUACAGUUAACUGUUAAUGCUGUGUGAGUUUAGAGAAAGUCAUGAUCGUAAAACUUACUUUAAAUGCAAUUAGUGCAUGAACUGAGUAGUUAAGCACUUCAUAUUCAGACAAAGGAAUAGUGGAGAAAGUAUCUUAAGUCCAAGGUCUGUGUUAAUGUUGAUCCAGGUGUGAUGAGUCCUGUCAUUACAGUGGCUCUUCCUGGUACAUUGAAAGUUUCAUAUCUAGGUUUUAGAAGACCUGGGUAGAGACAAGUUUUGAAUUUUGCAUUCAAUGUAGUUAAUUGAUUUAGGGCUGUUUGUCUCCCUGUUAGCUACUGGGAUUGGUGGCAUACAUGUUCACAUGCAGAGUAGUUGAUGUCACAACCAUGUUUUUUAUGCUGAUGAACCUGCCUCUUAAUUUGGUGCCUACAACUUCCUUUGUUCCAAUGAUAUUGCCUGCUGGGCUAUCUUGAGUUACGCUCUUGGCUGUUUUUUGCUCCUGUUUUGCAACUUGACCUUACACCUGGGCCAAGUACAAAUGUUGGUUGGUGCAAGGGUUUUUGUUUAUUCUUUCAACGUGCAACUUUAGGGAAUGGAAGGACGUUCAUCUUAAGUUGUGUUGUCAGGUGCAGUGUCUAGGGUAGUGAAUCCUGUACGUUCAAAUUUGUGGUUAGGUGAUAAGUUGACAUUGAGAUUGUCCUUUUCACUGAUCAAAAAUGAAUAAAGCCUUUUUGAACAAA